AUGCUGAGAGAACUCGGUGAGAUGAAGAACAAAGUCGAGACGACGUCCACCAAGUCCCUCAUUACGCCAAUCUCCUGUACCGAUCAAACAGCCGCAAUCAACGCGAAUUCGACGUGUUUCCCGGUCGCAAACCCCCUGGAAUCUUUCUGGCAAACUGAAACCCACCCUCUCAGCGACCAUCGCUCCACUGCAGAGUUACCAGUUGAGACCGACAUUGUCAUUAUUGGGGCUGGUUUCGCCGGGGUCAGUACAGCUCAUCAUUUGGUUCGGGAAUUCAAAGGAGACCUUGAAACAGCACCCUCCAUCACGAUUCUUGAGGCCCGAGCUGCAUGUUCAGGGGCAACCGGAAGGAAUGGAGGGCAUCUCCGGCCGGACUUUUAUGGGCACAUCCCAAAGUAUAUCGAGCAGUCUGGUCCAAGAGCUGGGGCGGAGAUUGCGGAGUUCGAAAUUGCUAACCUGCGUGCCCUGAAGAGAUUCAUUGAGGAAGAGGACAUCGACUGCGAUUUUACUUUGGCGAGAUCGAUUGAUGUCUGUGGUGUGAAGGGUGUGCAGUCGCGUGUGCCUCUUUCACUGCCGGGACACUAUGGCCCCUUCAAGCUUGUUAUGCACUUGGUGCAGAAACUGUUGGAGUCAAAGUUUGUUAAUCUGCAAACAUACACACCAGUACAUUUGGUUCAGUCGGACAAGACCGGGGUUUUCUUCGUUAAUACUGCCCGUGGACAUGUACAUACUGGCAAAGUUAUAUAUGCCAACAAUGCUUAUGUCUCGGGAACUCUUCCAGAAUAUGCGAAGAAUACUAUCAUUCCUUGCAAAGGUAUAUGCUGCCGAAUUGCUGUUCCAGAUGGGACUAUGCCCCCAUUGCUAAAUAAUUCAUACAUCAAUCGAGCCAACGACCAUACUCUCUCGUACCUGGUUCCACGGCCGGAUGGAAGCAUUGUUGUUGGGGGCGCUGCUGCAAGAUUCAAGUCAUUCAGAGAGCAAUGGUAUGACAAUGUGGAUGAUGGUUGUCUGAUCGAUGCGGCCAAGGCAUACUACGACAAUUACAUGCUGCGCACCUAUCUCGGUUGGGAAGAUACGGGUGCCAAGGUGAAUACUAUCUGGACUGGUGUCAUGGGAUACUCUUACGAUUCGAAUCCCCACAUCGGCCAAGUACCUUCCAAAGAGAGCGAAUUCAUCAUCGCCGGAUUCAAUGGUCAUGGGAUGCCCGUCAUCUGGCUGGCAGCUCAGGAGCUAGCACCAUGA